UUUUAUGCCCUAAUUCGAAUUGUCGGAGCACCUUUUCGUUGGAAAGAAAGUUCAAGUGUCCAUAUUGUGACUAUAUUGCCAAGCAUAAGUACGAUGUACAAAGACACAUUUCGAAAAGACAUGAGAAUAAUCAUGUCUAUGUCAUCGAUACUUACGAGCAAAAAGUCCUUGAAUAACAAAGACUUGGGGACCUAUCGUCACACUAAGCAACGGAGGUAUCGAGGCAAGUUUCAGUGUCCUAAUCUGAAUUGUCGGAGUACCUUCAUGUUGCAAAAGAACCUGCAGUUCCACAUACGCCACUAUUGCAAUCUGAAGCUCAGGUUCAAAUGUCCCUACUGCGAGUAUAUUGUCAAGUACAAGCAGGACGUACGAAGACACAUUCUGGCUAAACAUAAGAAUAGCUAUGUCUAUGUCAUCGAUAUUUCUCAGCAAAAAGUCGUCGAGUAAAUUAUUUUUGAUUUCAAGAAAUAUUAUAAAGACGAUAUGUGACAAUGUAUAUUUAUAUAAUAUAUCGUUUAUAAAAUAUAUCAUAAAUAAAGAAUUCACCAGUAUAUUGAGUGAAAUAUUAUUUGUUCAAAAUUACAACUGCAGUGUUGAAAGCGAAGAAGAAAAUCUACAUGGAAAAGAAGAACUGAUUUGAAUUAAUGAAUUGUUAUUUUACGAAUAAAAGCGUUUCUCUCGUUCUGACGUUCCAAGAACGAUUAGUGACAAGAACUCUGUCGUUUCUUGAUGAACA